AUGGCGGGCGGGCAGAACAUGCAGGUGCUCUCGGCGUUGGACGGCGCCAAGACGCAGUGGUACCACGUCACGGCGAUCGUGGUGGCGGGGAUGGGUUUCUUCACCGACGCGUACGACCUCUUCUGCAUCUCCCUCGUCACCAAGCUCAUCGGCCGCGUCUACUACACUGUCGACGGCUCGCCCAGGCCGGGCAGCCUGCCGCCGCACGUGUCCGCGGCCGUCAACGGCGUGGCGUUCGUGGGCACACUAUCGGGGCAGCUCUUCUUCGGCUGGCUCGGCGACCGGGUGGGCCGGAAGAGCGUGUACGGGAUGACGCUCCUGACUAUGAUCAUCUGCUCCGUCGCGUCGGGCCUCUCGUUCGGGCACUCGCCGGCCUGCGUCAUGGCCACGCUCUGCUUCUUCCGCUUCUGGCUCGGGUUCGGCAUCGGCGGCGAUUACCCGCUGUCGGCGACUAUCAUGUCGGAGUACGCCAACAAGCGGACGCGGGGUGCGUUCGUCGCCGCCGUCUUCGCCAUGCAGGGGUUCGGCAUCCUGGCCGCCGGCGCCGUCGCCAUCGGCGUCACCGCGCUGUUCCGGAGCCGGUUCCCAGCGCCGGCGUACGACGUCGACCCCGCGGCUUCCACGCCGGCGGAGGCGGACCUGGUGUGGCGCAUCAUCCUCAUGUUCGGCGCCGUGCCCGCGGCGCUCACCUUCUACUCGCGGAUGAAGAUGCCCGAGACGGCGCGGUACACGGCGCUGGUGGCCCGGAACGCGGAGCGCGCCGCGGCCGACAUGUCCAGGGUGCUCCAGUUCGACAUCGCCGAUAAGGAGGAGCGGCCGGAAGAAGAAGCGACGACGACGGGGCCGCCGCCGUUCGGGCUCUUCUCCUGCGAGUUCUUUCACCGGCACGGGAAACACCUGCUGGGCACGACGUCGACGUGGCUCCUCCUGGACAUCGCCUACUACUCGCAGAACCUGUUCCAGAAGGACAUCUUCAGCGCGGUGGGGUGGAUCCCGGCGGCGGAGACGAUGAGCGCGCUAGACGAGCUGUUCCACAUCGCGCGCGCGCAGACGCUGAUCGCGCUGUGCGGCACGGUGCCCGGGUACUGGUUCACGGUGGCGUUCAUCGACGUGGUGGGGCGGUUUGCGAUCCAGGCGGUGGGCUUCCUCAUGAUGGCGGUCUUCAUGCUGGGGCUGGCCAUCCCGUACCGCCAGUGGACGCGCCCCGGCAACCAGACGGGGUUCGUGGUGAUGUACGCGCUCACCUUCUUCUUCGCAAACUUCGGGCCCAACGCCACGACCUUCAUCGUGCCCGCGGAGAUCUACCCGGCGCGGCUCCGCGCGACGUGCCACGGCAUCUCGGCGGCGUCGGGCAAGGUGGGCGCCAUCAUCGGCUCCUUCGGGUUCCUGUACCUGGCGCAGAGCCAGGACCCGGCCAAGACGGCGCACGGGUACCCGCCGGGCUUCGGCGUGCGCAACUCUUUGCUGCUGCUCGCCGGGUGCAGCUUGCUGGGGUUCUUGCUCACGUUCCUGGUGCCGGAGCCCAAGGGCAAGUCGCUCGAGGAGAUGUCGCGCGAGACCGAGACGGGCGCCGCCGAGCCGUAA